UUCAGUUUCAUGUAAGUUUGGGUUAUGAGCCUUGGUGCCUAGAAGUCUGGAUGGACCUGUGGCUGAAAGGCAGUGACAUCCAAUUUAUUGCAUUCGGAGAUUGGGGAGGUCUGCCUGAUCCACCUUAUGUAACGAUUGUUCAAAAAGCCACAGCAGAUGAAAUGGGGCGAGUUACGCAAAAUUCAAGAACAGAUUUUGUACUCAAUGUUGGAGAUAAUUUUUACUACCACGGUGUGAACAAUGUAAAUGAUUUCAGAUUUCAGGAAACGUUUGAGAAUGUGUUCAUAGCUCCAUCCCUUGCCAAUAGCCCAUGGUAUAUUCUGGCAGGAAAUCAUGAUCAUUUGGGUAAUGUGUCAGCACAGAUUGCUUAUUCUGGGUUCUCUAAGAGAUGGAACUUUCCAAAUCUCUACUACGACUUGAAUUUUAAAAUUCCUGAUGUCAAUGUUUCUGUCACCAUUCUGAUGAUCGAUACUGUUGUCAUCUGUGGGAAUACCUAUCAAGCCAGCCAGCCAGAAGGACCUGAAAGCCCACAGGUAGCCAGGGAGCAACUGCAGUGGAUCCGACAAAAAUUGGCACAUUCCAGGUCUGACUAUUUGAUUGUUGCCGGUCACUACCCAGUGUGGUCAAUAGGACAGCAUGGUCCAACUCCAUGUCUAGUGGAUCAACUGAGGCCGCUCCUAAAGAAAUACAAUGUGACAGCCUAUAUCAGUGGACAUGAUCACAGCCUCCAGUUUAUUCGGGAAGGUGAUGGGAUUGCGUAUAUCGUCAGUGGAAGUGGGAGUUUCGUCGACACCUCUACUGUAAACAAAGAAAAGGUCCCAAGAGAUUGGCUGCACUUCUACAAUUCUGAGAUCAGCACCUUAGGUGGAUUCGUACUGAUUCAAAUCACUGCAGAACAAAUGUUUGCAUCAUACAGGCAGCCAUAUGCGAUGGUGGUUUUCCAGACAGCACUGCCAAAGCGCAAACUUUAAAUCAGGAAAAAGAAAAUUGGACUUAAGAAGAAACAGAUUUCUUGCAAAAUUAUUCAUAAUAUAUACCAUUCACUUCAACUGGUUUCUAAAUCUUUUGACUACAGGAGUUGGAUUUGAAAUACAUACGAACAUACGAAUUAGGAGCAGGAGUAGGCCACUUG